AUGUCUAUUUAUAUAUAAGUAUGUACAAGAUGAGAUCACUCGCCCUCUUCCCCAGGCAAAGCUGCAGCUCCAAGUCUGCAACUAGCUGAUGCAAGACAGUGGUGACCAGCGACCACGAACCGACGAGUGAGACCUCCGUGACCGACCAACCGCGAGCCAGCCAACGACCGACACUAGCUAGCUAGCAAGCAUCCAGGGAUGGCGGCGCAUCACCUCCUCCUCCUCCUGCUCGCCGUGCUGCUCCCGGCGGCGGCCACGGCGGACCCCGACGCCGUGCAGGACUACUGCGUGCCGGACGCCGGCGGGCGCGGGCGGCCCCUGGAGCUGUCGCUGCUCCGGACCUACCCGUGCCGGAGCCCCGUCAACCUGACGGCGUCCGACUUCGCCUUCGCCGGCGUGCGCGCCGCGGGCAACUUCUCCGCGGACACGGGCUUCGCGGGUGUCUCCGUCACGCCCGCGCAGUUCCCGGCGCUGCACACCCUGGGCGUGUCCUUUGCCCGCGCCGACCUCUCCGCGGCGGGCGGCGUCAACCCGCCGCACUAUCACCCGCGCGCCACCGAGACGGCGCUCGUCCUGGCGGGGCGCGUCUACGCCGGCUUCGUCGACUCCGGCGGCCGCAUCUUCGCCAAGGUGCUCGAGAAGGGGGAGGUGAUGGUGUUCCCCAUGGGGAUGGUGCACUUCCAGAUGAACGUCGGCGACGAGCCCGCCACGGUGUACGGCACCUUCAACAGCGAGAACCCCGGCAUCGUGCGCAUCCCGGCCACCGUGUUCGGGUCCGGGAUCAAGGGCGGCGUCCUCGAGAGGGCGUUCGGGCUCUCCCCGGCGGAGCUCCGCCGGCUCGAGAAGAGGUUCGGCCCGCCCAAGACCAAGCUGUCCGAGAUGGAGGAUUAGUUACUUAAUCAGCCGUUGUGGCGGUGCAUGAUUAAUUACUAGUUUACGGGUAGACUUUGUGAUUCGGAGUAUAUUUCUUUUGAAUUGUUAAUGAUGUUGUUGUAGUAUGAAUUAUUUGGCGGUGGUUGUCGUGGAUCGACAUUGUGAUAGACUUGGGAAUGAUUAGAGCCUUUAUUUGGAGGUAUAUAUUGGUACAGAUGGGCGGUUAGGUGUCACAUUCGAUCGACUGUCAAGUGUCCAACAUGUUUAUCCUAUACAAAUUGGUAAAGAAGAUCGACUUUAGUUUGUUGUGGAUCA